AUGGCUAUAUUAAAUUCAAAUCCAGAAAUUCUUUUACGUAAAAGGAAAAAUGCUGAUAGAAAAAGAUUAGAAAAACAAGAACAAAUCCGUGAAAGACAAAUUCUCAAGAAGACAUUGAAAAAGAAAAGAACUAAAUUUAUUAGACCUGAAACUUUAAUAAGUAAUCAUAAAUCAAAUGAAUUAGAAAGAAAAAGAAUUAAAAAUUUAAUUAAAAAUCAGCAUAAUGAUGUUGUUGAAGAAAAGAAAGUAGAUGAUAGUGAAGGUAAUCAAGAAUAUAAAUUAUUAUUUGUUGUUAGAAUUCCAAAUCAAAAUACUAAGGGAUUAAAAAUUCCAAAUAAAGUAUUACAAAUUUUACAAGUUUUAAGAUUAACUAAAAUUAAUACUGGAGUUUUCAUUAAAUCAAGUGAAAAAACCAAAAAUAUAUUGAAAUUAAUUGAACCUUAUGUAUUAAUUGGAUCACCAUCUUUAAAUUCCAUACGAAAAUUAUUCCAACAAAGAGCAACCAUUAAAAUCACCACUAAAACCGAUGAUGAUGAAAAAGAAGAAGAAAAAAUAAUCAAAUUAGAUGAUAAUCUGUUGGUUGAAGAAAAAUUUGGUGAUGAUUUAGGUUUAUGUUGUGUUGAAGAUUUAAUUUUUGAAAUUUUUAAUACUAGUGGAAAUUUCAUUAAAAUUACAAAUUGGUUACAACCAUUUAGAUUAAAUGCUCCAAUAAAUGGUUGGGGUCCUGAAGCUAAACUUGCAAGAAUGAGUAAUCAAGAAUUCAAAAUUGAAGAUUAUUUGUGA